UUGGCGCAAAAACAGGUCCAACCGUCCGCUUACUUUAUUAUCUUUCUUAUCGGGAUGCGCACGACUAUGUCUCCUGGUAGGAGUCAGUUUUAGGAAUACGACGAAAAGAAACAUGUCGGAUCAACUGAAGGAGCACAUAAACAAGAAACAAAAUCGAAAUUGGGUUCGGGCGGCACUAAGCCUGCGCUACUUCAAACAAGGAUUUGAAACGUUUAUAGAUAAGCAGAUAAAAUGUCAUCAUGACGAUUUAUUAAAGCGUCUGCAAGGAGAGAAAGGGGUUUCAUGUUUACAAUGCGGCGAAUGUAGAGCAGACAACCUUCUUCCUGACCACUCACCCCAGAAGAAAUGCAUUCAAAAAUUCCGUAACCACUGCUUUUGUAGUAAAGCAAUUUUUAGACGACCUUGCCCGAACAAAACUUGUAGUCUCUUGUAUGACUAUAUUGUUAAAGCACAUAGCACGAAUGAUCCUUUAUGGAAAAACACUAAACCAAGCAACUGGUUAACGAACUACUGGGACCUAGGGAAGUGCUUCCUGAGUUCACCUGGAUACGUGGACAAACAGAGUGCUGCAGAAACGGAUGCUACAGGUUUACUCAGUAUUGCGAUAAACGAUACAUACAUUCAAGACAGAAUGGAUACAGACAUAGAAUCGCUUGUUAAAGUAAGAGAAAUAAGGAACAAUAUACUUCACUCUCACUCACUUGAAGAGGAUGAAGUAAUCGAAUAUAUUGAUGCAAUGAUUCAAGUACUUCAGGAUAAAAAGGCUUUUGUAUCUGACACGGCUGCGCAAGAUGCAAUUUUACAUCUAACUGAGCUCAAAAACGUACAAUGCCACAUCAGUUUUGAAGAUGAAUUUGAAGUCCGAAAAGAGACUUUAAAUGCUAUUGAGGAAAUGACACAAGAUGCGGUUUGCAAGAUUGGUUCAACUGAAGCAAAUGUUAUUGGUAGUCUGAACGAGAACAUACAAGAGCAACGCGACCAAAUAAAAAAGUUAGUUCUAGAAGAAGUUAACUGGACCAAACAAAGUUGUUCGGUGAAACACUCAGCCGGCACUGAAUGUGAAAUAGAAUCGCAAGCGUUAAAGACAAGUUUAAAUGAACAUGAACAAAGAACAUGGGAAAGGCCUACACCUGAGGUUGCAGCGAAUUCCGAACUCAUCUUAUAUGAAAGGAGAAUGAGGGCCUACUCAAACGUUAAAAACACAUGCAAGCAGCUCUCAUUGAUUUAUACAAAAAGUCCUACAUAAAAACAGACAUUUCCCCGCUGCUGCCUGAGGUACAAGUUGAUGUAGACCGGGUCUAUACAACUCCACAGCUAUAUGUUGCUGACAGUACUGACC